GUGAGUUAAACCUCGGUAGUAGUACGCUCGACGUCAGCGUGGACGUUCGACGUUUCCUCUCGAGUCAGUCUUCUUCCUCCGGGUCAUCGUUGUCCUUUCCCUCGAAACCAUCAGUAACACGAUUCGUUUCGCGAUCGAAGGUGUCGUUAUCGAAAUCCUGUCUCACAUCGAGGAAAUUAUUCUUUCUGGUGAUUUUCGAGUUUCCGGAGAAGAAUAUCUGUGAUCGGUGAAUUAGCUUUGGAAAUCUUCUGGACACUGCGUUUCUCGAGAACUUUUUCCGCAGACGCGAGGGAACUUUUCACGGACAAUGGGAACAAUGAGGAACAAUUUCGCGACGGUCUUUGUGCUUCUCGUCCUGAUGCUCUCAACGAGUCAAUCUCUUCCUCACGGCUACAAAAAUUCACCCAACAGAAACAGUUUGGAAGCUUUGGCUCGUGAUGCGAGGUCGAAUUCGAUCUACAAUUGCUUGUUCAUUGAUCGGAAUCUACCGAUCUGCGAUGUCGAACGGAUGUUAACAUCGAACGACGAGAUAACAGAACCAUCAUACGAAUCACCCAGUGGUAUAGAUUUUGACAAACACCUUGUGAGACGCUCGAGGAGAAACGCCGACGCUUCCGCUGCAGAACGCGUCGUAGUUUACGCCAUAGAAGGCUGUAUACCAUCCAGCAUACCCAUCUCGUUACCUUCCUGCGACGGAAUCUCCUUGGAUAAAAUCGUGGAUGUGCAAAGAAUUCGUCCGUUCGCUGUGAAGGGUGUGAAGCAGCCGUCGUUAGUGUUUCCAGAAUUCAAUUACCGCAGAUGGUUGCGGAUGAUGACUCGAUUGCAAAAUCACAUUUCGUCGAACAAACAGGACGAACAACAGAACGAGAAUUUCCCCAAGGAAAUACACGUCAAAGUCUCUCAGGAUCGUAAAGACAAGCUGCCGAACGUAGCAACGACAACUCAGACAAUGUCAAACGUAAUGAGCAGUGCGGAGCAAUCUGGAAACACUAAAACACUGGAAGAGAACGAGUCACGAGAGUCCUCUUCAUCCAGCAUCGAAAACAAUAAUUCAAAACUGUCCGAGGUAUCGAGUGACGCGGAAUUAUCGUCGGCUAACUCCGAAGAAGGUUCUAACAUAAAAAGCCAAAAAAUAGAGAAACACGGAGAAGCGAUGAAUAAUGGAGAUGUCUGGAACCGUAGCGAAAAUCAGCUCGCAAUUCCAUCGAUUCCGAUGGUUUCCUCUGUAGAGCAAUCGAACAGUUUUAUGUCGACAGAUAGAGGCUUCUACAAGCACAUCUCUUUGAAUGACCCCUCAAAUCACCUUGGACGUGCCGGCAAUUCCAGGAGUUUCCUCUACUUCCAAAACGGUGAGGAUGAGUACAACGCGAUCGAGAACGAUUCGGGUGAUUUAAAUUUGAUCGAGGAGAAAAUUUUUAGGAGGAGACGGGAAGCGAGAUUGUCGAACGGUUUGGUGCAGGAAAUUGUCGACGAGCCUAAGACACAGGGAAUUGCCGGUAAAUCGAGCUCGCAGCGGUUUCAAGAUGGCGGAGCGAAGCAAACCGUCAACGAACAGAAACACCAAGAUUCGGAGCAAGAAAUUGUUAAGGAAGUUUCAGCGAUUCCCGAAAGAGCACCGAAACCUGACAACUCGCGUUUGAAGGCAUUUUUAGCGAGCAGAAAAGCGUCGUGGAGAAGGGCCCUGUUGAAGGAAGCUGCCUUGGGAAAGAAACAUCGAAACUACAUGGAAAUGCCUUGCAACGGACAAUAAAAUGGUUGAGACAUAUUUUAGAAUAUUAAACGGAGAAUUAUUAAGAUAGAGGACCAUGGCAAUUCCAAGUAAACGGAUGUGCGAUGAUUUAUUUUUUUAGCUUCGACUAAUUACGGAAUUGCGGAACAUUGCGAUAAUCUACAGAGAACGUUGUACUGUUGGAUGUAGAACGAAAUUUAGGAUAUUCUUUUUUAGUAGAAAUUCUUGUUUUUAAGGCAUUUUGAUGUAGGGUUAUGUGAGAUUUUGUGAGAGGCGGAGAUUGCCUUAGGGUUGCCUCUGUCUCGUUAGAUUUUUAUGACUUUAAAUUAGAUAAACUUGUUUAACAAUAAACCGCAAAAGAUUUAGCAUCCAAUAGAAUUCUGACACAUUGUUUCCCGACAAGACAAGAAUUCCGGGAGGGAAAACCACCGAAACGCGAACGAUUAACAAAUUCGCAAAAUUCCGCGAUUCCAUCGAGGAACUCUGGCGGCGAAUGUAAUAUAACUUUUAAAUUAGUUGCUCGAACGAAACGUCAACGCGAUUACGUUGGUAAAAUUUCACAGAUAAAAGCUCGCGAAUAACGAUGUACUCCGCGUGUGUCGUGUGUGUAUACGUAUGCAUGUAAACGUGUGCAUGUGUGUGUGUAUUUAAUCCUGUCGCUGCAAAGUUUGUACACACAGGCGUUCGAAAAAUGGCCGACCAUCUGCUAAAAGAGCAAGCGUAUUUCAUGCUACACGAUCAUUUCUAUCAUCGUUUGUACAAUGUGUCUGCACCGUGUGCAUACAUUUCAUUAUUCCUUAAACCAUUGCACAGGAAAAAAAAUAGAAAACCACUGAUAUGUAAAAAUUGUUUCGAUUUCAUUUCUUUUGUAGUUGCACCUUUUGCACGGUGUCGAAAGGUUUUGAUUAACGUUAAAGUUAAGAUUAGUGAUAAGCGAGAAAAUAGAAUGACACGAGAAAAUAGUAAUUGUAUGAAGAACCGAGGAUAAAUUGAUACCGGUAUCUUCGUCGCAUGAUCUCAAAGGAAGCAUGAUUUAUCAUGGAAUUAGAGAACGCCAAUUACAUAUGUGAUACAUAAGUUAAGGUGUUAAGACAUACAUAAUUAGCUGGAGUAGUUUUUAAGUUAGCCUCGGAAUAGUUAUACUUUAUAUAAUUUUUGUUUACUGAUGUACGCAAGGAACGUAAGGUAUAAAUAAAGUGUGUUACGAAGGAAA